AUGUCAUUGGAAGAUGGCGGUUCUCGGGUGAGAAUGAGAAGAAAAGGUUGCUUUUCGACUCUAAAAACGGGUUACGAGCUAUCUGAAAUUGGUGUAAUUUCCGAAAGUGGAGUGGAGAAAAAAAAACCUACAAACUUGAUUCUGCGACAAUCAUUGAAAGUGAAUCGACAUGUCGGAAGAUUGGCAAAGCGUGUGCCUGUAUGUCCGCUCUGCAACGCCCCAGUGCCUUCGAAGCGAUCCGAUCCACCCGAUCUCGCGGUAAGUCUGCAUAUAGACAACGACUGUCAGGCAGAUCGUGCCAAAAGCAGGAGGAAAGUCUUCACCAACAAGUGUACGUCCAAGGGCUGCAAAAUCAAGGAAAUCGUCGCGGUUAAAUGCGGGGACUGCGGGAAAAACUUUUGCUUGAAACACCGGCAUCCCUGCGAUCACGCUUGUGUGGGAAAAGAGGAAACCGUGCGUCAGCGGAGGAUCGAAGCUCUUAACAAACAGGCCGAGAGUCGAGUCCCACAGAAUAAUCAAAAUGCCAAUUCUAGCCUGUUUAGGAAUCUUCAGGGAACUAUCAGCGAGGACGAAGCCUUGGCCAGGGCCUUACAAGCCUCUCUUCAAGAUGAAGAAAAUGCUGGGAGGAUCGAGUCUUGUCAAGAGGAAGAGAUUCCACUCGGGAACAAAGGCAGAUGCAUGCUCUCUUAGUUCUUUUAUAAUUUAUAAACACGAUAAAACGGUGACGGCAACGAAGAACAGACGUGUUGAAAUCCUGGUGGAAUUACUUGUCAACUGCUGAAGAUGCGUUUAAUGUUUUUUUUUUCAACGUUUCUAGAAUUAGGCAUCAAAUAUCAAUUAGUAGGCGGGUUCUUACGAGCUAUGGAUGAUCAAAAAACUGGACAUUUUCAAAAUCCUAUUCUAUAAUUUAGCCUUUUACGGGAGGAAACUGAAUUUCUGUCUUUUUUCACAUUAAAUAAGCUCUAGUUUUUAAAUCUAAAUACACGAGAAUUUGAAAGAAAUAUUGAACUAUGUAUCUUUCAUACAAGCUUUUUUUUUCGUCAGUUGCUGUUAAGUCGUUUACAUUCACCCUAAAUUUUAAAUCAAGUCUCCUCAACUAUUAUACAUAAACAUAACCUUAUUAGUUACUCUAUCCAAUCACGAAUUCUAUUUCACCAAGUCUAGUUAUAAUCGCAAUGAUGUAACAAAUUAAGACUUCUGAUCGCUGUCUAGUGAUUAAUUAAUUACGCAAUUUUUUGUAAAUAAUUUAAAAAUAAUCUAUAUACACAUUGCGAACAAUCACGUUCCAAACUGCCUCUGUCCAUUUGUCAUAAUAAAUAGUUACUACCAGCUUUAUUGUAACACAAAAAAGAAGAAACGGUGUUAUGAAACGAGUAAAAAGUUCUUUACUUGCAAAUUUUCCUCUACUCUUAUCCAUACAAUAAAUAUUUAUCAUAAACAUA